UCCGCUUACACCCGAACGUCAUCGUCCCAGCAAACACCCGAUAUAAUUACACAACUUCUCCAUUCACUCACUGAUCCAACUCCCCGAUUAACUCAACACUAUAAAACAACAGAAAAGAAAGAGAUAUGACGACGACGACGACACCAUCAUCAUCCACCACCACCAAUACCAAUACCAACAGCAAAGACACUGUCGUAACGGAGGGCGCACCGGCACAUGGCGUGGUAGCGCAUCUGCUGCCGCCGACGUAUAAGCGGAUGGUGGCGAGCUGGCUGGAGGAGGAUGCGCCGAGCUUCGACUAUGGCGGGUUUGUGGUCGGGGAGGAGGUAGGGGAGGCGAGGCUUUUGGGGAAGAGCGAGGGCAUCAUCGCCGGCAUCCCCUUCUUCAACGAAGUCUUCCGCCAACUAGACUGCACCGUGACCUGGCACCUCCAAGAAGGCCAGCCCAUCCACCCACCCGCCACGCACUGCGCCACCGUCCGCGGCCCCAUGCGCAAGCUCCUCCUCGGCGAACGCGUCGCGCUCAACACGCUCGCGCGCUGCUCCGGCAUCGCGUCCCAGACAGCCCGCACGCUCGCCCUGCUGCGCGCCGCCGGCUACACCGGCACGCUCGCCGGCACGCGCAAGACGACGCCCGGGUUCCGGGUCGUGGAGAAGUACGGCAUGCUUGUUGGCGGGGCGGACGCGCACAGGCUUGAUCUGAGCCAUAUGACUAUGCUGAAAGAUAAUCAUGUGUGGGCUGUGUCUGGGGAGGGACAGGGGGGGGCUAUCGCGGCGGCGGUGCGCAAGGCGAGGAGCGCGGGCGGGUUCGCGACUAAGGUCGAGGUCGAGUGUCGGAGUUAUGAGGAGGCUGUUGAGGCGGCGGAGGCGGGCGCGGAUGUGGUGAUGUUGGAUAAUUUUAGUGCCGAGGGGGCGCGGGCGUGUGCGGCGAGACUGAAGGAGAGGUUUGCGCGGGGGACGGGGAGGGGCUUGUUGGUGGAGGUGAGUGGCGGGUUGACGGAGGGGAAUAUUGGCGAGUUUGUGUGUGCGGAUGUGGAUGUGGUGAGCACGAGUAGUAUUCAUCAGGGGGUGAGGCAUGUGGAUUUUUCGCUCAAGGUGGUGCCGAAGGCGUGAGGGCUUGGUGUCUGUCUGUCUGUCUGUCUGUCUGUCUGUCUGUCUGUCUGUCUGUCUGUCUGUCUGUCUGUCUGUCUGUCUGUCUGUCUGUCUGUCUGUCAAGGCGGAUGGAUGCUACAUGGCGAGGUUCAGUAGGUAGAGCAGAAGAGCAUCACGAUCGAACCAUGUCGAACGGUGUAUAUUGUUCUUGCACACACACAGUAACGUAUACGAUACGAUACGUACACUCCUGCCUCAGGCACACCCGCAUAAUCCACCACGUGCAUCCGUCCUGAAACGCUCCACUCCAAGCAUCGUGACACAUGGACAGACACGCGC